GGGGCAGGGAUGCAGGGGCGUGUGAUCGGGUCGGGUCACCUGAUCUCAGGGUUGCCGAGGGCUGGGGCGGCAAGUCACCCCGAUCUUCCCCAUGCACAGCGGGAUGGCGUCAGUAGUAUCGGCCCUGAAAGCAGCCCCACGUGAAGGUCUCCGGCCGUGCGUCUUGCCCGCUGCGAGUAGCCGAGCUGUGCAGUCUUGGCGAGGUCGCCCUGUGGCAUGGGGGGUGAUGAGGGUCAGAAUUCCGCCAGCGUUUGUUUAUUGAGCGCCUUAUAGGUGGAGUCUUAAGCACAUUCCUGAGAUCGGAGCCACAGAAUGUCAGCAGUUCGUUCAUCCGUGCAUGCCAAAUGGAUCGUCGGGAAGGUGAUUGGUACAGCAAUGCAAAAAACUGCUAAAGUGAGAGUGACCAGACUUGUUCUGGAUCGCUACUUAUUAAAGUAUUUUAAUAAGCGAAAAACCUACUUUGCUCACGAUGCCCUUCAGCAGUGCACUGUGGGGGAUAUUGUACUUCUCAAGGCUUUACCUGUUCCACGAACAAAGCACGUGAAACAUGAACUGGCUGAGAUCAUCUUCAAAGUGGGCAGAGUCAUCGAUCCGAUAACAGGAAAACCGUGUGCAGGAACCACCUACCUGGAGAGUCCAGUCACUUCAGAGACCACUCAGCUCAGCAAAACUCUGGAAGAACUAAACAUCUCUUCCACACAGUGAAGGGCUAGAAGAAAGAGACAAGGGGAAAGGUUUCUAAGUUUCAUUACAGACUGUCUCAGAUUCUCUCCUGGCAUUUAUGAAAUAGUAAAGGACUUGUUACAAUUUUUCAUAAA